AUCGGCGCCACGUGUGUGCGUCAUUGCGUCACAUCCGGCGGCGCACCCGGAAGCGACGCGCUGCCCGGUUGCUAUGCGGCGGGGUAGCGGCGCGGUUGGAGGAGGGGAAGAGCAAUGGCUUUGAGAAUGGUUGCUCCUUGUCAGUUGGAUGUGAUUGGCUGAUUCUGGAACACCAACUGCUUCCCGUCUGCUGGUCCUCCCAAAAUGGGGAGGAUCGGCGUUUCUUGUUUGCUGCCCGCUUCUUGGCACUUCAGCAUCUCUCCAUUGGGCUGCCCACGUAUUUUCAACACUACUUUGCGUCAGAUUGUGGUGAUUGGAAUCCUUGCUGCUGCUGUCUCUCUGCUUUACUACUCGCUGGUUGUCAUCCGCAAUAAGUAUGGGCGUGCAUCCAGGGACAAGAGAUUCCACAGGUAUCUUGCUCGGGUAACAGACACAGAAGCUACAGAUACAAACAACCCCAAUCUGAACUAUGGGAUCGUUGUGGACUGCGGUAGCAGCGGCUCUCGGAUUUUUGUGUAUUGUUGGCCAAGACACAACGGUAACCCACACGACCUGCUGGACAUCAAACAGAUGAGGGACAAAAACAGAAAACCAGUGGUUAUGAAAAUCAAACCAGGCAUUUCAGAGUUUGCUAACACUCCUGAGAAGGUCAGCGAUUACAUUUUCCCACUUCUACGCUUUGCUGCUGAACAUGUGCCCCGUGCAAAGCACAAAGAGACUCCUCUUUAUAUUCUGUGUACUGCAGGAAUGAGGAUUCUGCCAGAAAGCCAGCAGAAGGCAAUACUUGAAGAUUUGGUCACUGAUAUCCCCGUGCAUUUUGAUUUUCUGUUUUCGGACUCGCAUGCAGAAGUUAUUUCAGGGAAACAGGAAGGAGUGUAUGCAUGGAUUGGCAUCAACUUUGUUCUUGGAAGAUUUGAGCAUACAGAUGAUGAGGAUGAAGCAAUUGUGGAGGUGCACAUCCCAGGCAGUGAAAACAAAGAAGCUAUUUUCCGUAAGAGGACUGUGGGUAUUCUUGACAUGGGUGGAGUGUCGACUCAGAUAGCAUACGAAGUCCCUAAAACUGAGGAAGUUGCCAAAAACUUGCUUGCAGAAUUCAACCUGGGCUGUGAUGCUCAUCAAACUGAGCAUGUGUACAGAGUCUACGUUGCAACAUUCCUUGGCUUUGGAGGGAAUGCAGCACGCCAGAGAUAUGAAAACAGUGUAUUUUCCAGUACAGUGCUCAAAAAUGGACUGCUGGGCAGACAGACUGGCAUGACUUCAGAUUCGCCGUACCUCGAUCCCUGCCUGCCCGUGGAUGCUCAGGAUGAGAUCCAUCAGAAUGGACAGAUAAUGUAUUUGAGGGGAACAGGAGACUUCAAUCUGUGUCGUGAGCUUAUCCAGCCCUUCAUGAAUAAGACCAAUGAAACUCAGACCUCCCUUAAUGGUGUCUACCAGCCUGCUGUGCACUUUCAGAACAGUGAAUUCUAUGGUUUCUCCGAGUUCUAUUACAGCACGGAGGACGUGUUGCGCAUGGGAGGGGAUUACAAUGCUGCUAAAUUUAUCAAAGCUGCAAAGGAUUAUUGUGCCACUAAGUGGUCUGUCCUACGGGAACGUUUUGACCGUGCCUAG